AUGUCCUCCUCCAACCUCCCCCCCGCGGACCCUAAGUCCAAGCCCAAGGCCAAGCCGCGCACACAGGUCUCAAAAAACCCGCAAAAGACGUCGUACUCCUCCAACCAUGUCCCCAUCCCCGAAGACUUCCUCUCUGGCCCUCCGCCCGCAGACGCGCCCCCCGUGACCCUCGAGAAGAUCGACUGGUCUGCGUCCCCACUCCCAGAGAACGAGAACUUGUACGCCGUGGUCCUCGACAACGUCCUCACGCCGGGGGAGUGUGCGCAGCUGAUCCGCAUGGCGGAGGACAGCGCGGCAGGCCGGGGCGAGGACGACGAGGAGGCGUGGCGGCCGGCGAUGGUGAACAUCGGGCAAGGAUGGGAGAUCCUCGAGCCCGAGUACCGGAACAGUGACCGCAUCAUCUGGGAUCAGCAGGAGAUCGUCGAACGGUUGUGGCAACGGUGCCGGCUCGCGCCAGGGCUGGAUGCGCAGCUGGCGGAGGUAGACGGGUCGCGCAACCCGGCCAAGGGGGAAGAGAAGAGGUGGGUGUUUGAUAAGUUCAACAAGCGGAUGAGGUUCUUGAAGUACCAAAAAGGGCAGUUUUUCAGACCGCACUGCGACGGUUCCUACAGCGAAAAGGGCGAGGACGGAACCGUCUACCGGACGCAUUAUACCGUCCAGCUCUACCUCAACGACUCAGUAGCCGGGGCGGGCGGGGGCGAGGGCGCGGCGGACCUCGUGGGCGGCGCAACGUCGUUCCUGUCGGGCGACGAGAAGAGGAGGGUUGACGUCGACCCGAGGGCCGGCAGGGUGCUCAUCUUCCAGCACAGCCGGCUGUAUCACUGCGGCGACGACGUCGUUCAGGGGACCAAGUACGCCAUGCGGACGGACAUCUUGUACCGCCUCGUAAUGGCGAAGAUUAAGACCAGCGAGGUUGCAGAGGGCGACGGCCAGUCUGGGAGCGGGUAA